AUGGAAAGUAAAAAGAAAAUUUUCAUCGCAAUUCAUUCGACGCCGAAGUAUUUAGAAACAAGAGGCGACGCCAUUCGGUCAACUUGGCUAAAUGAAAUUGACCCCGAAAUCGCGACAGUAAAAUUCAUCUCUGGUCCCGUCGCUGGUUUUCCAACCCUAACCCUUCCCGGCGUGAAUGAUUACGACUAUCCACCGCAAAAGAAGACCUUCAAACUUCUGGCUUAUUUCUACAGCAUCGCGCACGAAUACGACUGGUUUUACCGCGUCGAUGAUGACAUUGCCCUCCAAUUCGACAAUCUUGUCCGAUUCGUCUCGAAACUCGACCCGAACGAAGAGCAUUACAUCGGAGGAACAGGAUUCGGGAGAAACGAGGAUGAUUUCAUCCCAGCGGGCCAUGCUUUUGCAUGGGAGGCUCGGGCAUUCUAG